AUGAAUUCUUUCUCCUCCCAUCCCCAGACACUCUUGGCCAGAGCACUUUAUGACAACCACCCAGACUGCUCCUACGAGCUGGCUUUCUGCAGAGGAGACAUCUUGACCAUUCUGGAACAAAACGUGCCAGAAAGCGAGGGCUGGUGGAAGUGUUUGCUCCAUGGAAGGCAAGGUCUGGCCCCUGCCAACCGCCUCCAAAUCCUCCCUGAGGCCCCCGCUGACAGGCCCUGUCCCCCUUUCCUGAGAGGCCUGGAGGAAGCUCUCGCCAACUCCGAGGAGACCUACCAGGUACCCACCCUGCUCAAGCCCCCAACUCCAGGCCCUGUAUAUGAGCACAUGAAGGGCUGGGUAGAGCGGCCUCCACCCACCACCGCGCAAGUCUACGAAUUCCCUGACCCACCUGCCCACGCCAGAAUCGUCUGUGAAAAGACUCUAAGCUUUCCGAAACAGGCCCUCUUCACCAUCCCCAGACCUGCUUGGGCCUCGUUGCCAAUGCUGCCUUCCCAGGUGUAUGAUGUACCGGCCCAGAGCCGGGGUCCCCCAGCCCUGAAGGAGCCAGAGAAGCAGCUGUUAUAUGAUAUACCCCCCAGCCCCCAAAAGGCAGGACUUGGUCCCUUGGCCAGCCAACCACAUGGGCAGAGUGCUCCCCUGGUGUCGGCAAUUGCCGUGAGGCGAGGCAGCUACAACACGUUACCAAGCCUCCAGAAAUCAGAAUGGAUUUAUGACACACCAGUGUCUCCAGAAAAAGCCAAUGGCAGAAAUGCAUCUUUGAGCAGCUUUGUGAAAGAAUCAGAGCCCCACACUCCGCCCAGGUAUAUGUCCAGCUUCCAGAAUCCUCCAAACAGCAGAGCAAGGUCCCUCUAUCCACACCUGCAUAAAAAUGUGCCCAUGCAGAAAAAACUCAGCCUUCCAGAAAUUCCUUCUUAUAAAUCCCUGGCACCCAGGGACACAUUUCCCUUGGACGAGGGCGCUGGUUACAAGGUGCCUUCAAGCUUUCUGAACCCCCGGGUGGAACAGAAAAACACCAAGCCAAACAUUUAUGACAUCCCUAAAGUGAUGCCGAGCGGCCCCCUGGCUGUGAAGGAGCUGGGGAGAGUCAAGGGGGCUCCGGAGAAUGCCCCGGACCGCAGCUCCUCGUGGUUCUCUGGCCAGGCCCCCUCGCUGUCUCCGGAACCGGACAGGUUGUCCGUUUCCAGUUCUGACAGCAGAGCCAGCAUUGUCUCCUCGUGCUCCUCCUUGUCCACAGACUCCUCGUCUAGCUCCUGCUCAGAGGAGUCAGGAAAGGAGCUCUCCUUGGAUCCGGACUUGGCCAGAGAGACGGUAGCAGCUCUGCAGCAUGAGGUGGCCCGUUCUGUCGCCAGCCUGAUGCUCUUCGUCAGCAGGAAGUGGAGAUUCAGAGACUGUCUGGAGGCCAACCUCAGCGCCAUCCGCAGCGCCGCUGACCACGUGGAAGAAUCUUUGAGAGCAUUCCUGGAUUUUGCCCGCGGGGUCCGUGGGACUGCCUGUAACCUCAGCGACACUAACCUUCAGGCCAGAAUUAGGGACCAGCUACAGACCAUCUCCAAUUCCUACCAGAUCCUGCUUGGAACAAAGGAAAGCCUGGAUAGCUGCAAUUGGUCCUUGGAAGUCCUCGUGACGGACAAAGUCCAAAACAGCCUGGAUGACCUCGAGAGAUUUGUCAUGGUGGCGCGGAUGGUUCCAGAAGACAUCAAGAGGUUUGCCUCCAUUGUCAUUGCCAAUGGGAAGCUCCUUUUCAAGCAGAACUGUGAAAAGGAAGAUACCUUGCAAAUGACCCCCAAUGCACAACUGAAGCUUGCAAAAUGCAUCCAGCUUCCCCAAACGGAAAUUGAAUCAUACCAAAGAAGUGCUCCUUUUAAUGAACAAAAGGAAAGCGAACACUCCCCUGAGCUACUAAAGAAAAACGGGACAAUUAUCUGUGAACUGAAGCUGCCUAACCUAGAAGAGACAGAAAAACCCGUCUUGGAAGGAAGGUUGGAUGAAAACAAAAACUUCGAAGGACAGAAUCCUAGCUCCCCCAUCCCACAGCCUUUGAGUCAGCAGAAUCCCGAGAAGAGAUUCCACCUUUCUGAACACUGCCGGCUCUAUUUUGGGGCGCUCUUCAAAGCCAUCGGCGUGUUUAACAGCAGCCUCAGCAACAGCCAGCCCCCCGAGAUCUUCAUCACGCAGAGCAAGCUGGUCAUCAUGGUGGGGCAGAAGCUGGUGGACACGCUGUGCAAAGAGACACAGGAGAGGGACGUGCGCAACGAGAUUCUCUGUGGCAGCAAUCACCUUUGCAGCCUGCUCAAGAACCUCGCGUUGGCCACCAAGCACGCCGUGCUCAAGUACCCCUGCCCUGCAGCCCUGGGGCACCUCCAGGCCGAGGCCCAGAAGCUGGAGCAACACACUCGGCAAUUCAGAGGGAUGUUGGAAUGAGCCUCCUUCCCCUUCUUUCUCCCUCCCUAAGGUUAACCUCUUAGCUUCAGCUUCCCAGCCCCAACCUGUGUAACUCUGUCCUACGGGCAAAGCCAGCCUAGGGAUGCACUGAUGGGCAGAAGCUGGUAUUACCAAGUGGCUAAACAACCCCAGGACAUUGGCUUAUGCUGCAGAGAGCCAGGUGUUAAAUAAGAACCUUGCUAAGUUUUUAGCAUAGCAUAGCAUAGCCCAUAGUUAGCUGGGCAUAUAGCAGUGAAUCAUACAAAGGCCUUGUCCUCAGGGAGCUUACCAUCUAGUGGGGAGAUAGACGAUAAGUGAUGAAGAAUUACAUACACAAUGUGUCAGGUGCUAGGGAGACAGUAAAGGAGGAGAGACUUAUUUUCAAAUGAUGAAUUUCUGUUGCAUCUGUUAGCAAAUGUGGUAAGGUUUUCAUUUUGGACUGAAUUAAUUUUGUGAGAUUUGGUACAAAUUCUGUAUCUGCAUCUUAUACAACAUAUAUAUAUAUAUA